UUCGGUUUUAACCAAAUAGGUAACGGCCGUAUUACUUUCACCCUCGAGGAAACGCUUGCUGUUGCCGCUUGCCUCUGGAUUUUAGUUAUCAGGGAUGAGAAGCAGUGCCAGUGCAGGGGAAGUGGAAGAUGUUCCGGAGUUGAUGCAGCGUAUACAAUCAUGGUUGCCGGUAAAAGAAGCAGCCCGCACAAGCGUGUUGUCCAAGUCAUGGCUGCACGCUUGGUCAACCAUCCCUACCCUCAUCUUCAGUGUUGGAAGAGAAAGAUGCAUGAAUUUGGUGUAUGUGGACCGCGUUCUAUACAGGUAUCUCCGUGACAACAUACCAAUCGAAAGGUUUGACCUUAUGAUCGACGUGGAGAACCAGGAGUCAGCUUCUCAUGCUGAAAAAUGGAUGGGGCCCGUGGCAAACAAAACUUGUCUCAAAGAGUUUUCCCUCUCAAUCACCCUUAAUGGUGCCUCGUUUACGUUGCCAGAUGAGAUACUCUCGGGUGAAAACCUAACUAAGAUAACAGUUUCAGGUACGACUGGGGGCCGUGUUCCGAUGACGACUAGCCAGCAUCCUGUGAUCAAGUGUGUGUCCCUACGAGAACUGCACUUGGAUUGUGUAUGCAUAAGUGAAGAGGCACUUAAUCACAUAUUGUCGUCUUGUAGCUUGCUUGUUAAGAUAGUGCUUUUCAAUUCUUGCAAUGGGUUCAACACCAUCAAGGUUAAAAACCUUCCUCGUCUUUAUGAAUUACGAAUAAAUUUAAAUGCUGUAGACUCUACUGCUUUGGAAAUCAGUGAUGUCCCAAAUCUUGGCCUGUUUAGCUACGAACUAGAUGUACGAUUUUGGCUGCACGAUCACCCCCCUCCUCCAUUCAACGCCUCUUCAAUAUCAUUAGGAAGAAGCGUGACACACUUAACGUUAGCUGGUGUGAUAACGGACAAUGCGUGUCUUGACAUCUUCAAAUCGCAAUUUCCUUUUCUCCAGAGUUUGACACUUUAUUUGACAUCUUGGAUGUUGGGAAGCUUCCAUUUAACAUGUCCUUCCAUCAAAAUAUUGUUCUUGCUGUCGUGCCCAGCCAUGGUUAUCGAUGUACAAGUUUAUGCUCCAAAAUUACUUUAUUUCCAUCUUUCUGGCUGCAUAUUGCCUAGUCUUCUGUUUCCACUCUCGUCUCUUCAGCAUUUCAAGGUUUCACUCAUGCUCCGGCUUCCUGUUGAUGCAGACUUUUUUCUUAUGAUGAGGGAAGCAUUCGAGUUAUCACGCUUGUGCUACCUUCAUAUAUCAACUGACAACUCUAUUCCACCAUUGGAUAUUGACAUCGAUGAUCUACGAACAAGGCUCCUGCUUCCUCCUGCUACUAACAUGCAAGAACUGUGGUUUGAAACGGAUGAGGACGAAGGCCUGUGGGAGCGAUCUCCAUUUUUUGAUGCAUUCUUUGAGAUUUGCCAUCCCAAGCAAGUAUUUCCACAGCCAGAUGUUUCCUUCAAGCAAAACAAUCACUUUUGCAGGCUUAUGUUGAGGGAGGUAUUGGAGAAAAAGAAUACUAGAACUGCGUAUUGGCCUCAUUACCUGAAACAUGUUCAAAUAAGAUGGGAUCCUCAUAAAAAAUGGAAAGCCCUAACAAAUUCUCACAGAAGCUUGCUAGACGGGUCGAUUCCUGAUCUCUAUCCCGAGUUCAAACUAAAGUGGCGUUAACCACCAUCUCUAUUUGUUUUACUAUUACAUGUUUUAAUUUUCGUUUUAUCCUACUAUGUAUUUCAAACAUAUUUAAACAUAUAAUUAUAAAUGAUGUAUUUAUUUGGUAGGCCAUUCGCUGCGUAUAUACACACCCUAUUAUUAUUUAUUGCUAA